AUGGCACCCUCAGCCAAGAGCGGCUCCAAUGCUGCCGGCAGCAGCUCGGCAUCUCACAAUGCAGCCUCGAUCGGCAUCGGCCUCUCCUCGUCCUCAUCAGGCGCUCCCGGUGUUGGCAUUGGGCUUGGACCACUAGCCGGAGCGCCAGCCUCGGUCUAUCCAACAGACACCGUGCGCGACGUGGCCGAGUCGCUCGGCAUCAAUGGCAUGAAGGAGAGCGUUGCGGCUGCGCUCGCUGCCGACGUCGAGUAUCGCAUCCGCGAGAUCGUGCAGGAUGCAACCAAGUACAUGCGACACUCGAAACGAGACCAGCUGAAGACCGCUGACAUCGAUGCGGCGCUGCGUGCGCGCAACAUCGAACCCAUCUACGGAUUCCUUCCAUCGUCAUCAGGGCGGACGGGUGGUGGCAAUCCAUCCGGAUACACUGCAGGACCCACCUUCCGCCGAGUGCAGACAUCGUCCGGUGUGCCACUCCACUACAUCGAGGACGAAGAGAUCGACUUUGACAAGAUCCUCGAAGCAGGUCCCAAGAUUGGCAUUGGACGUGGAGUGGGCUGGGGGGCGCAUUGGCUUGCGAUCGAGGGCGUGCAGCCGGCGGUGCCGCAGAAUCCGUCGCCCAUCGCCAUUGCAGAGGCCAAGGGCUCGUCUGGUUUCAUGGGUCCGACGUCGACACAGCCAAGCGCUUCGGCACCGGCUGCCAAGGCCGUCACAGUGGCAGGAGGCGAUGGCCAGGCUGUCGCCAAGCCGCUCGUCAAGCACAUUCUUUCGCGCGAGCUGCAGCUCUACUACGAACGACUCACCAAAUCCAUCAUCAGUCCACCUCCCGAGGCGGAUGAAGAUCUCGAAGACGACGCCGACGAUUCGACAGCCGCAAAGGCAACAGCACAAGACCAGGACGUUGCUAUGGACGCGGCCGAGUCACCCAAGGACCAGAUCGUCACACCACCACGGCCCACCGUCGCUCUGGCCAAGCCGCUCAAGGCCUUUGCCCAGAAGGGAUCGGGCAACCAUGUGCGCGACGCGGCGCUGGCGAGUCUGCGCGGCGAUCCAGGCCUGCAUCAGCUGGUGCCAUAUCUGAUCCGUUUCGUCGGAAGCAAGGUCAUCGACAUCCUGCGGGCUCCUGCGGACGAAGCCGAGGGCGGAGCCGAUGCCGACGGCGCGCCGGCCGCCGUGCGCGAAACACGCCAGAUCAGCACAGCAGACAACCACAUGCUCAGCGUGCUGCUCAGCACCAUCCACGCGAUCCUGGUGAACCCGCACAUCUUCAUCGAGCCGUACCUGCACCAGAUGAUGCCGUCGAUCCUCUCGGUCCUGCUCACGUCUUCGUUGGCCGAGCCGGAGCUGCUGGCGCAGAUGCGCAAUGCAGAUGCGGACGUGCAGACACCGCUCGUCACAGCGGGGCCAUCGUCGUACUCGCUGCGUGCACAUGCGUCGGCUCUGCUCACGCACGUCGUCGACACGUUUGGCGCAUCGUAUCCGACGCUCAAGCCGCGGGUGGUGGCGACGCUGCUCAAGGCGCUCAUGACGGGCGUGGUGCCGGGCAGCAGCGACCAGGAUUCGGCUCGACGCGGCGGCGAGGCCGGAUCGUCGGCACGCGAACCUCGCGCGAGUCCAGGCACCAAACUCGGCGCUCUCAUGGCGCUGCGUCGGCUCGGCAAAGCGAGCUUCCGCAUCCUGCUUUCCGGAUCGGCGCAGCUCAACGCCAAGCUCGGAGAAGGCGCCGAACAGCCGGAAGCGACGUCGGCUGCGUGUCCGCUGCGGCUGUUGGGCGAGUGGAUGCAGUCGUGGGAGUCGGGCGCGCUGCAUGGUGGCGAGCCGAACCAACCGAGCGCCGUGCGUCGGAUGCAGAUGAAGCCGCUCAUCGACGAAGCUGCCGGUGCCCUGCAUGCGUUGCUGCCCCCCUUUGUUGCGCCUAACGCCGAGCUGACAGGCACGGCCGAGGAGAGGAACCAGACCCUCAGCACGACAUUCGGAGACUUUUGGAUGCAGCAUGUGCUGCGCGGCGAUGCGCGCGCCAGAGCGGCGCUCGAGACGGAGCUCGGCAUGCGCACCUCCAGCAGCAAAGGUAAUGGCAACGGCAACGCAGGUCGCGCGACGACCAACGGUGAAGAGGCUGCUUCGCAGAUGAAGCAGGAGCCGCUGUGA